CGCCGUGCGAGUAAACAUGCCUGCAACAAUAAUCAACGCACGUAGCACUUGAACAAGGUUCGUGCGGUUCCUAUGUAGCCAUGCGAAUAUAAUAUAUGGUUACUUUGGCAUCCGAACAGUAAAUCAUCAAUUGUUCGUGAAAAUAAUUGACGGCUCCCAUCCGCCGAAACGCGAUCGCGACGAACGGACAAAAUGAAUAAGUGGUAUGGAAAAGUCGCCGUGGUCACGGGAGCAUCGUCCGGGAUCGGAGCUGAGACGUGUAGACAGUUGACCUCUCGGGGAAUGACGGUCGUCGGGUUCGCCAGAAGAAUAGACAAACUUGAGGCGUUGCGGAACGAGUUGCACGGACUGCCGGGCAAAUUUUACCCCGUCAAAGUCGACGUGUGUUCGGAAGAAAGUAUCCUAGAAGGUUUCGCGUGGGCGAAGACGACGCUGAAGUCGGUCGACGUGUUGGUGAACAACGCCGGCGUUUGCUUGACCGGCGAACUACUGGGAAACUCGGACGAGUGGAAAGUGAUGUUUGACACCAACGUAUUGGGACCGAGUAUUUGCAGCAGAGAAGCGGUGAAAAUCAUGCAGGAAUUGAAAACCAUUGGGCAUAUAAUAAAUAUCAAUAGCGACAGUGGUCAUUAUCCACCGACAUUAACUCCAAAUCUGUAUGUGUAUGGAGCUACCAAGUUUAGUAGCGUUUCAAUUACCGAAAGCCUAAGAGAACUUUUGGCCUUAAAAAAGUUACCAAUCAGAGUCACAAGUAUCAGUCCAGGAUUAGUAGACACUGCCAUGGCUAAAGAUUUAGCCGAAAAUGCUCCCAUACUGAAACCUUCGGAUGUAGUUGACGCGAUUAUAUACGUUUUGGCCGCUCCGCAAUCUGUGAAUGUUGCCGAAGUAAUAAUUAGACCAACAGGAGAUACUUAUUUACCAUUUGUUCAAGACGGGUUGAAAUUUAUUUAAUCUAACAUUUCAUAUACUGUAAUUUAGAUAUUUUAUAAGUAGUACAAUACAAUUUUACAAU